CCUGGUCCGUGCACAAAACCAACGGCGAAGGGAGCGGGAUGUCACGGAGCGCGCUCACCCGCCACGACGCCCAGCAGGCGCCGCCGAUGAACUACGCAGCGCAUGCGUACGCCAUGGCCCAGCAAGUGCAGCAUGCUGCCUACAUGGAGGGCGAGUACGCAGAGCGCCGCGCCAAGGAGAACGAGCUGCCCGUGCAUGGCAAUGCGACGACGUACAACCUCAACAAGAUGCUCUUCGACAACAUCAUGCAAUCGGUCUACUUUGGCCAGCUCUACGCGCUCAAGACGUACCAUGAAGUCGUCGACGAGAUCUACUACCGUGUCGACCACGCAGAGCCGCUCUCGCCCGGUACCGCGCGCAUUCCGUCGUCUUGCUUUUGCCUCCUCCUCAAGUUUUGCACCAUGCGCUUAACGCACAACCAGAUGCAAGGGCUCCUCAAACACGUCGACUCGCCAUACAUUCGCUGCGUUGGGUUCCUCUACCUUCGCUACACGAUGGAUCCCGAGGAGCUCUGGGCGUGGUUUGAGCCGUACUUGGACGACGCCGAGGAGUUUAACGCGUCGGCCAACGACAAGAUCAUCACGACGAUUGGCGUCUGGCUGCGCACGCUCCUCGAGGAAAUCAACUACUUUGGUACGAUUCUUCCGCGCAUCCCCAAGAAGAUCCUCGAUGGCAUCAAGAUCAAACUGCUUUUGCACGACAAGAAGAAGGAGCGCGCGGCCGCCAACCUCGCCGUUGCCGAGUUGCUUGUGAAGGGCACCAAGGUGCGCGCGCUGUACGCUGACGACGAGAACGAGCCUGCGAUGUACGACGCGGUGAUUGACGAGGCGGACGAGGCCAACCACGUGUACUGGGUCACGUUUCCGCAGUACGGCAACACCGAAAAGGUCGGCCUUGGCGACAUUGAGUUUGAAGCGCCCCGCGCGCCCCAGCGGUCUCGGUCUCGAUCGCGGUCGCGGGACCGUCGGCGGCGUCGGUCGGCGUCCCGAGAUCGCCGCCGCCGUCGGUCGCCGUCGUACGACCGUCGUCGUCGAAGCCGCAGUCGCAGCCGCGACCGUCGCCCCAAGGACGACAAGAGCUUGACCGAGGACCUCAUGGAAGAAGUUCGGCGCAAGGAGCGCCGCAAGGCCGAAGCGGUCGGGAAAGACUAUGCAGCGCGCCCGGCGAGCUACAAGGGGUCGCUUACGCUCAAGCAAGACCGAUUCACGACGCGGAAGCGGUCGCGCAGCCCGGCCAAGAAAGAGUACGAGUUUGUCGAGCUCGAGAAGCCAAAGGAGACCAACAUCCCGCCGCCGCAAGCGCCCGUGCGCAUGUCGCGCGAGGCCGAAGAGCGCCGGCGCAAGCUCCUCGAGACCUACGGCGACGCGGCGGCUAAGCCCAAGAAGACGGCAGACCACUAAGCCCCAACAAAUCCAUGCACGCUUUGUGUUUCCAG